AUGGCUGCCGUUUCUACUGGUCGUUCCAUCAAGAGUCGUCUUGCUCGUUAUGCUCCUUUCGAGUGCACCGCUGACCUGUCAAAGCUCAGCAAGCAAGAACACACAGCUAUCAAGCACCUCGUCAAGGCUGGUCGUUUCAUUGAUCAACUCUACUUCCGUCAACAUUGGUCAGGCAAUGAAGCAUUGAGAAAGAAGAUCCAUGAACAAGGCGAUCGUGAUUUGUGCGAGUUGUUUGAAAUGUACAAGGGUCCUUGGGCGAGUGAAGACAAUGACGAACCCUUUGUGGAGGGAGUGCCACCAUGCCCUGAGACUGGCAACUUUUAUCCUGAAGAUAUGACCAAGCAUGAAUUUGAAGAAUGGACAAGCACGUUAUCCAAGGAUGAAGAAGCCAAGGCCAAGAGCUUUUAUACACGUAUUGUACGCGGCGCUGACAACAAAUUGGCCUACGUCCCCUAUUCAGAAUGCUAUAAGGAUUUAUUGGAGCCUGCUGCCAAGCACUUUCGUGAUGCUGCAGAUGCAUUGAGUGAGUUACCAUCAUCGGAUAUCAAGGAUGGCAAGACGAGCGUUGAAACGUUCCUGAGAUCACGUGCGGAGGCAUUUGCAUCCAACGACUAUCUACCCUCUGAACUCGAUUGGUUGUCAUUGAGCAAGUACAACAAGUUGGAAGUCACUGCUGGUCCUUACGAGGUUUACACCGAUGCCGCGUUUGGUCUCAAGAGUGCAUACGAGUUCUACAUCCAUGCACGUGAUGAAGAAUCAUCUCGUCUUCUCGAAGCAUUCAGCGACUUGCAAUUUGUGGAAGAUCAUUUGCCAAUUCCCGACAAGUACCGCAAUGAUAAGCUUAUUCCUGCUCCCAUUGCAGUUGUCAAUCAACUCUACGCAGCUGGUGAUGUAGCUACCCCUAUGACGGCUGCUUAUAACUUACCAAACGAUGAGGAAGCUAUCAAGAAGGGUGGUAGCAAAUUGGUGCUCAUCAAGAAUGUUCAAGAAGGCAAAUUUGCACAUGUUCUCACACCCAUUGCAAAGCAAGUCAUUGCUGCGGAUCAGCUUGAAUACAUCACCAGCGAUGCAUUCACUACCCAUAUCUUGUUGCAUGAAGUAUGCCAUUCGAAUGGUCCACAUCACACGCUUGCUGGUGACACUGUGCGUUCCAAACUUAAGGAGUAUCAUUCAGCAAUGGAAGAAGCCAAGGCUGACAUUGCUGGUUUGUUUGCAGCCACUCUUUUGAUUAAGAAGGGUAAGAUUGACAAGGUCACGGACAAGCAAUUUUGGGUCACCUUUUUGGCAUCCGCUUUCCGAAGCAUUCGAUUUGGUAUUAAGGAAGCUCAUGGUCUUGGACAGGCAUGUCAAUUGAACUACUUGGUUGAGAAGGGAGGUUUCGUAUGUGAUUCCGAGAACCGAUACCGCGUCGACUUUGACAAGGUGGAACAAGCUGUUUCUGAUUUGACACAUGAUAUCAUGAUCCUUCAAGGAGAUGGUGAUAAGAGUGCAGUGGACGCAUUUAUUGGAAAAUACGGUGUGCUUUCUGAAGAGACCAAGACUGCUUUGGAGCGUAUUGAGCAUGCAGCUAUUCCUGUGGACAUUCGCCCUAUUUAUCCUAUUGCUGACAAUGAACAAUAA